AGAAGUCUGUCAGCUGCCCGGCGCGUUAUCACGGCGCGUAAACUCAACUGUGUUGUGGCUGGUUAGCAGCUAGCUGUUAGCUGUUAGCUUAUGUUAGCGCUAUUCUCAUUCUUCAGCGUUAGCAAAGUGGGACGCGGUUAAAUAUCGGUUGUUUCCGGACCCGGAAACGAGAGGCUGUCAGCGGGCUCGUCUGCAGGAAACAUGACGACCGAUCCAACACUCGAGAGACAUUUCAAGGGUCACAAGGACAAUGUGACAAGUGUGGACUUCAGCUGCAACAUGAAGCAGAUCGCCACAGGCUCCAUGGACUCCUGUGUGAUGAUCUGGAACAUGAAGCCUCAGAUGCGAGCGUAUCGCUUUGAUGGACACAAAGAUGGUGUGACUUCUGUCCAGUUUUCUCCCUCUGGCCACCUGGUGGCCUCCGCCUCCAGAGAUAAAACCGUACGUCUUUGGGUGCCCAGCAGGAAAGCUGAGUCAACAGCUUACAGGGCUCACACGGCUACUGUGCGCAGCGUUAACUUCUCUGGCGAUGGACAGACUUUGGUCACAGCCUCUGACGACAAGACUAUUAAAGUGUGGACGGUCCACAGGCAAAAGUUCCUGUUUUCUCUCAACCAGCACAUCAACUGGGUCCGCUGUGCCAAGUUUUCUCCAGAUGAUCGUUUGAUUGUGUCAUCCAGCGAUGACAAGACUAUUAAGUUGUGGGACAAGAACAGCAGAGAGUGUAUUCAUUCCUUUUAUGAACAUGCCGGUUAUGCAAACCAUGUGGACUUCCAUCCCAGUGGAACCUGCAUUGCUGCGGCCAGUACUGACAACUCUGUUAAGGUUUGGGACAUCAGAUCCCAUAAGAUGCUACAACACUACCAAGUCCACAGUGGUGUGGUGAACAGCUUGUCUUUCCACCCGAGUGGCAAUUUCCUCAUCACUGCAUCCAGCGAUUCCACCAUGAAGAUACUGGACCUUGUAGAGGGCAAGCUCCUGUACACACUGCACGGACACCAGGGCCCCGUGACCAGUGUGGCCUUUUCCAGGACAGGGGAGUACAUUGCCUCUGGAGGCUCUGACGAACAGGUAAUGGUGUGGAAGAGCAACUUCGACAGCAGCGACUGUGGUGACACCGUCAGGCUACAACAUAAAACUACGUCCAGGAUUCAGGCACCUCCAGCCAGCUCCAGGGCUCAGCCCGACUUUAGCAUGCAUCCACAUGUGCCCCGCAGCCAGACCUCUGACCCGUCAGAAGAUUUUAACAGACAGGAUUUCCAAACUGCUGCCCAUCCCCAGAGCAACUGUCGCAGCAGCAUCCACAACAGAGCGGCUCAAUCUCACACCAGCAGAGAUCCCACCUCUUCCUCCACCCAUCGGACACAGACCCCGGGUGUACCACAGAAUUCGUCACAUGUUCAAGAGCAGUCCCAGGCCUCAGAUGGAGGGGUCCACCCUGGUCUAGCCAGCACUCUGGAACACAUCAUAGGUCAACUUGAUAUUCUCACUCAGACGGUUUCAAUCUUGGAGCAGCGGCUGACGCUGACUGAGGACAAGCUCAAGGAGUGUUUGGAGAAUCAGAUGGAGAUCGGUCUGCAGCUCCAGAGACGACAGGGGGGGGAGGAGGAGGUCUAAAGAUGGCGGCAUCGCGGCGAGGUUGAGCUGGGCGUGAGGGGAAACGGGGUCACAUCCCUCCUCCGAAACAGAAACUAACAUCGUUGUUGUUAGAUCAAAGUAAAAAUGUGUGAUAAAAGUUCACAGACAGCGCAGGGGACUUGGCGUGAACAGUUCAACUGACCGGACCUUAAACGCACCUUGAGCCCAACUGCUGAUUUACUGUGUGUGGUUAUUUUGCUGAGAGAUAUCAGGAGUGAAGGAGGUGAAUAUUAGAGAAGUUGUUCCUCUACAACAGUGCUGAGAGUGCAGUCCCCUUUUCUGCUGACGAAGGACCUGCUGCUACCAGUCACCGUGGGUGUGUGUGUGUGUGUCUGUGUGUGUGUAUAUACAAUGGCUGCCUGUACAAAAGUGUAGACACACGCAAGAGACUUUGUUACUUGCCUAUGCACUGCACAUGCUCGUUUUUCUGUGUUUGUGUGUGUGCCUGUGUGUGUGUGUUUGUGUGUGUGCGCAGGCUGGCACAGGACGACACUAGCUAAAUGAUUUAUUUGCACUCAGGCCAAUACAUUGAUUUUAAAUUGCCGACAGAGACUCAAAGCUUUUUUUUUAAUCCGCCUGAUAUUGACCUUGUUCACUUUGUUGCCUGCAGAUACUUUUUUCGAUUUUUUGUUGAUUCCCCUCACAAGUCAAAGUACCCACAGUUUCAGACUAAGUACAGCAUCACUGCAGAGGCAACACGGUGCCUUUACUUUGAAACUUCUCUGUCCAAUGGUAACUUUCAGGCAUUUUUUGAAGGAUUGAGCUGCUGAUGUUCUUUAUUUUUCUUAUCGUCAACAAAUCUCAGAGACCAAAACCAACAUUUCAUUCGAGCCAAAUCCUGAUGUAUCAGUCAGCUCCACAAAAACAAUCAAAAGCACUCCUCAGCAUUUAUGACACGUUCCUACAUUACAGGGGAACAGCAGUUUAUCGUGAGUCAUAGAUAUGCACCGGUCAAUACCAGGGAUCAACAGAUUCAAUUUGUUCCACAUAAUUAAUCUACAUUGUCUGUGUCAUUUUAAAUAUUGUAUUUCCAGCAGUUUUUCUCCACCUCCAGCCAGUAUAUGGGUUUUGUGAUAUCCCUUGCCUCAUGGUACAUAACAUGGAAAUGUAGAUUUUAUGGAAAACAUUUAAAAUUCUGGAAAAGUGAAUUUUUUUUGGAUAUGUGCUCAUUUCUGAUUUGACAGUCAAGAUCAAUAAAGAAAAGUUUGAAUUGCUGCAUCCAAAAUUUAUAUUUUGAAAUAAACUUUACUUUGAAUAACGUUUGUUUAGUAGUGUUAUAUGUAAAAGAAUAUAAAGAAGACCCUAUAUAUGUGUUUGGGACAUAGGUGUGUCAGUAGGAGCGACCCGGGCUGAGGGCACAGGCGAGGUGGGAAGUCAUUCUUGGUUUUGAUCUCUUAUGAUUUGUUGACAGGGAAAAUAUUAUGUACAAUACCAGUCAUAUACUUGAAAUUUGUGUAAUGGUGCUUUUUGCAUUGGCUACAAGUUGGAUUUGUUUUACGCUGUAAACUCCUUAUUGUAAUAAGUGCAGUUUAGUAGAUAAGAGUCUUUCGACUUUUAUACGCUGACAGUAAGUUAU